UGAAGAUUGGCGCGAGACUCUACGGUGGAAUAGAGGAAACGUUGGAAAAAGAAUUACUGCUAUCCCCAACCGUGGAAGAGGGGGGGAAGCGCUACGUGGUGAGAUUGUCGGGGGAGUUUCUCUUGAAAACGUGGCAGGUCGACGGAUUUGGGGGAGAUAAAGCCAAGCAAACGGAACAGCUCCAGGGCCUCUUAUCAAAUGUAAAAAUGUCUGGGUCUGGAAGAUUGCUAGGUUUGUCAUGCACAUUUUGCAUGACUCCUGAUGUCUGUGAUGCAUGCCCUAGCAUCACAGAUUUUGUGAGGGCUUCCUGAUGCCUAUACCGCAUGACAAAUGCUCUUUCCGUGUAGCACAACGCGGACUCUCUUUACUGCUCAUGCAAUACAGAUUUUUUUAGAAUCCAAAAUCAGCAUGACAAGUUGCAUUCUUCCAGACCCAGACAUUUUGACAUUUGAUACCUCUACUCCAGAUGCGAAAUGAACUGGAAGUACCCGUUAUCCUGAGUAAAAACGUACCCACACCAGAGUUGUAAUGCAGAUUUGCAAAGACAGGAAGACUUGUAAUGCGCAUCCCCAUGAGAGCCAUUUCCAGUCGUGUUUUGGAAUUUGUGAUGCUGUGAGCAGGAUGAGCAGAUGAAUCUGUGACGCGGCUGCACUUGCUAACCUGCACUACACUGCAGAGCACAGCUUGUCAUGCGUGACUCACAAAGCUCCUAGGUUUGUGUUGCAAAAUCCCCAUCCUGACUCUGGUGUGGGUACGUUUUUACUCAGGAUACCCGUCGCAGUUUCUCUUCAGCUACGGAGCAUGUGUGGACGCAGACUACACGGACUGCCGGGAAAGCCAGUGGCAAAGUAAUGGCAAUGAGGAACGUGGUCAACAGAGACAGACUGCUAGGUUCUCAUCGACCAGCAGCACUUCUUCCCAAUCCCGCCCGCCACGAGAUGAUCAGCAAGGCCGACACGACAAACAGGAUGGUGAUCCUGCAACAGCAGCGGGGAGCGACGACAACGACAACCAUGAAGAAAGUGUUCUCGUAGAGGACCAGGACGCAUUUACGAUCAUGCGAGUGUAUGCUUGUGGCGUUGGGGAGUUUGAAUUUAAACCGAUUCCGUCGCACCUCAGAAUUGGACAGAAGGAGCAUGGCUUUUUGAUCAUUCGAAAUUACGACAGGGCAGCAACUCUGCAAGAUGCGGUUUUGCAGAUCGCUGCGUGGAGCGAUGAUUUUUCG